AGCAUCGGUGCAGAGCCAUCCGUAGCUGAAAGCAGGGCCUGACAGCGCCAUCUACCGAACUACCACUUGAUAUCAUGGAGGCAUCAACUGCUGAUGACGAUUCCUAUCUCGUUGUGAUCCCUCCGAUCAUGUCGCUUCCGACCGAAAUCCUCCUCAGAAUCAUCGAGUUAGCGAGUCAAUGGUCGACAAUGGGCUUCUUUAACGGCUGGCCCGAAUAUGUUGAAUAUACAGGUCCCAGUGCAGACAAGUUAGCUUUCGUCUGUCGGAGAUGGCUCGAUGUCCUCGCCAUGAAGCCAGUGUUCUGGAAAUCUCUGCAUGUUGCACUUGAUGGCGCUACCUUCGUCCCAAACAUCAUAGAAACAUUCUUUGCUGCCUCUGGCGAUAAUCAGCUGGAGAUCACCAUCACUUCCGGCGAUUCGGCCUCAUGCAUUCUCACGCCCUCCCAGGAGUGCGAACGCCUGGACUUUGUCAUGAAACAUAUGGCGCCCCACUUCGGACGUAUGUCCGAAAUCUCCAUCGAAGUGUUCUAUCGCUCCACCAUCGUCCACAUCAGUUCAUACUUCAAUAAUCGCACCAUGUCGCACCUAAGCGACCUGAAUCUUGUCUCAUACGACACAAACGACGUAUCCCCACUUCGUAUCUCAACUUUGGAGACACCUUCUCUUUCACAGCUGAAAACUGACGCUGGUAGCUUUAUGAACCUCAUGAAUGGCGGCAUCGCUUGGCAGGCAGGACGUCGUCUAUCUGGCCUCUGCGUCACGAAGUAUCGGCCGGCAUCUCACCUCGCCGUGAUUAACUCCCGACGCUUCUUGGAAGGUUUAAAAGCGAUGGCGAAGCUUAUGGCAGGUGUUCCUGACGUAUGGAUCGAGGUCGAAGAUGUGGCUCUGGACGGCGAAGAUAUCACUACCUUCACAAUGGAGAGGCUGGAGGGACUCCGCCUCUCUGAUAUUAGGGGUAAUGUUGCUUCCGCGAUUUGCAACAGCAUUACCUCUUCCACCGUUGCAUACGCAUGGAUUACCCGGUGCGAGCCCAUCUCACGUUGCACCGUCCCUGGCUUUGAACUCGAGGUCAAGGGGAUCAGCUCGAGUCUUUCGCUACUUCGUCUUCUUCAGGACUGGCAGGGCUGGGAGUUAGCUAUCACGAACUGUGGAGGGUUCGACGACUGGGUACUUGGAGCUCUAGCAGUCUCCAGCAUGCGCAACGGGCGCACUUGCCCACAGCUGCGUACUCUCAAGAUAAUCGGUGGCACGUUCUCCGUAGCCGCGUUGCAGCGCAUGUGUGAGAUGAGGCUUGACGAUGAAGAAGGUCGCAUUCAACGACUGAUGGUGGAAGGUGGGCCAGAACUGAAGGAAGAUCUUCGGAAAUGGUUCGAGGAUAACACUGAACAUUUUUCCUGGCGCGACAUAUGUCCUUGAAGCUGUCUGAGGAAGUUUAACUCACGGUCAGCAGGAGUCGACAUUCGUACGGUUUCCCUUUCCUAUGCAUUCUGGCUUGAUCAAACCAGUAUGAAUAAGUAGCUAUACCAAUGUGCUUUCUGACAUAUUAGUGAAGAAAAUCUAUGUAUGUAAUCU